CUGAAGCCUAGAGGCGCAACCCCUGAAGCCCGGAGGUCCCGCCCCUGUGUCGCUGGUCUCGGCUUGGGUGGGCGGCCUGGGCGGGCGGGCCGGCCAGCCCCGAGGCACUAUGCGCUCGCGGCUCAGCCCCUCGGGCUCCCCUCAGGCCUGGCGGCUCCCGGCGUGAGGGGCGGAGCUGCGGCCUUCGCGCGCCGUGCGGCUUCCGGGGCUGCUGUCAGACGUCGGCGCGGCUUGGGCGGUUGUCUUGGAGAAGCAAGAUGGCGGCGGCGACGGCCGCGGUGGUGGCCGAGGAGGACACGGAGCUUCGGGACCUGCUGGUGCAGACGUUGGAGAACAGCGGCGUCCUGAACCGCAUCAAGGCUGAGCUCAGAGCGGCGGUGUUUUUGGCACUAGAGGAGCAGGAAAAAGUAGAGAACAAAGCUCCUUUGGUCAAUGAGAGCUUGAAAAAGUUUUUAAUUACAAAAGAUGGUCGUUUAGUGGCUAGUCUUGUUGCAGAAUUUCUUCAGUUUUUUAACCUUGACUUUACCUUGGCUGUUUUCCAUCCUGAAACUAGCACAUUCCAAGGUCUCGAAGGUCGAGAAAAUUUAGCCCGAGAUUUAGGUAUCAUCGAAGCAGAAGGCACUGUGGGUGGACCCUUGUUACUAGAAGUGGUUAGGCGCUGUCAACAGAAAGAAAAAGGACCCACCAGCGGGGAAGGUGCAUUGGAUCUAUCUGAUGGACAUCCUCCAUUGAAGUCACCAGAAGGAAAGUCAAGUGUAAACACAACUCCAAGUAAGAUACCAAGGUAUAAAGGACAAGGUAAGAAGACGGCGAGCGGGCAGAAGUCUGGUGACAAGAAGUCCAGCAGUGAGACCAGUCAGAGUGAGACCAGUCUCUCCUUGUCAGAACCAAAGAGCAAAAGCAGUCUGCACUCAUUGGCCCAUGAAACAAAAAUUGGCUCUUUCUUAAGCAGCACCACUUUAGAUGCCAAAGACAGAGCUGGUCUUUGUCCAGAUGAAGAUGAUAUGGACGGAGAUUCUUUCUUUGAUGAUCCUAUUCCUAAAUCAGAAAAAACUCAUGGUUGGAGGAGUGAACCUAGGAAGCAAGUGGGAGGCCUGGCCUCACUCUCUGACAUUCCACCCUUGAGGAGUGGACUCAGCUCCCUGGCAGGAGCCCCUUCAUUAAUAGACUCUGAGAGUAAAAGGGGAAGCACAGUUUUGAAAGAUCUGAAACUGGUCAGUGAUAAAAUUGGAUCACUUGGAUUAGGAACCGGAAAAGAUGAAGACUACGUUGAUGAUUUUAAUAGUGCCAGCCAUCACUCAGAGAAAAGUGAGCUGAGCAUUGGCGAGGAGAUCGAAGAGGACCUUUCCAUGGGAGCAGACGAUGUCAACACCAGUGACAAACUUGAUGACCUCACACAAGACCUGACUGUCUCCCAGCUCAGUGACAUUGCAGAUUAUCUGGAAGAUGUUGCGUAGGCACAAAAAAGGAAGUAUUCUGAUCUACAAAGGAUCAUGGGCUCCAUUUCCUCAGACAAUCACUCUUAACUGGAAUGUCUGCUCCUACUGGUGCCUUGUAAAAAGACUGCAGAUAUUUUUAAAAGUGAACUUUUCAUUUUAGUGAGCAAAAUACUUCCUGUAUGGGCCGAUGUUUAGAAGAUUUGUUAUUCUUAAUUUGGUUUGACUGUCCAUUCUCUGUGGAAAUUAUCUGUAUUGAAGUUCAUCACAGAGCAGAACCCAUGACAGCACCGGUGUUAAGAGCAGAAAGACAUCAGUAAAGCCGUAGGUUUGCACGGCUGUGUGUGGUUGUUGGUGCACAGUGAGCUCUGAAACCUUAGCUUUAGCCAUCUAGAAGCUUCCCCACUGAGUAUAUUUUGGUAUUAGGUGGUUGGUGAAAUGGCUGGUAAAUUCAUGAUGCUAAAGCAUUAACAUAAGUUAAAUUGGGUAUAUCAACUUUAUUUUCUAUCCCCUUCCAUUAGGAAGGUCUGUUAGACCAUUAAGGUUUAUUAUAAAGAACUCUGUGUGCUGUUAGCUUGGCUUGUUUUAAGGCAGUCCAGAAAUGGUAAGGAUUUUAGCUCAUUGACUUGUCCAUAACUGUUAGCCUUCAGGUCACUGUUCUGUUGUCUGUGAAGCAGCAUUAGUCACAGGCUCUCUUCAUUGUAGAGUGAAAAUGUUAAAUACCAAAAUGCAUCUGAAACCAUUAAGCAGUGCUUUUAUUUCAGAUCUGUACGUUGAUUAUGUUUAAAUCCAAAUUGGAAUGAAACAGUCGUAAUGGCCUAAGACCAUAUCUCCAUCUGACACUUGACACACUGUAUGUAAUGUUGUUGUUGUCCUUUAGAAGCAGAGCCAAUAAUCGAAUUCCUGGCAGUCUUAGUUUAUAGCAUUGCACACUGUGUCAUAGGUCACUGACAUUUGUAAUGCUAACGUAUUCCUAAAACUGCAAAUAGGAGAAACAGACCAAGGACGUAUAGUCAUAGAAAUGUAUGCAAAGCUGUGAUUGUAUUAAAAUUUUAUACUUUUUUAUUGGAAUUAUGAUUGUUAAAAGUUACUUUUAUUAAUGAAAAGAGAAAUUAGGUACAAUUCAUGAAUCUUAGUGAGCAGAUGCUGUGGUUUGCAUUAAUGCCAUUUUUCCAUUUUAUAGCUGCCUAAGUAUUAUAGUGAUACUUAACCAGACCAUAAGUGCAGAGGAAAUGAGAAUUUAGUGCAGAUUUAAGCCAUCUGACAUUAGGAUCUUACUUUUUAACAUUUAAGUGAAACUGAGCUGUACACAUUGAGAGGAGGUAGACAGAAAGGUGGCCAGGAAGCAGAUUGUCUGUCCUGGGUCUGUGGCCCCAGUUUGCUGUGUCUGCAUGCUUUACUCUACACACUAAGUGCUCAUUGUAAACUGCAUUGCCUCUGGGGUCAUCUCUUGGAUACUUUGUCAGAGCACUAGCAUUGUGCUGGGCCUCUGGGGUCUGGAUCAUGUGUGAUGUGUGGUCUUCAUAUUUUGUGGACACUACAUUUGAGUCAACUGAUGGGACAGAAUAGCAGGGUGUGGCCCUUGGUAUUUGUGGAAGGCUUUCCAACAGCUGAUGUGAAAUUUGCAACUUUCUAUUACCCAAAGACUGACCUUCUAGUGAUUGUUGGAGUAUGUGGAGAAAGCCAAGCCAAAAUGAAGUCAUCAGCUGCAGUCACUGGAUAAUUCUGAAUAACGAAACAGUGAACAAGAAAGAAGUCAUUUCUGCGUGUCCCUUGCUUGGGUGUUAUAGACCUGUUAAACUUUAAGAUGUGAAAUGACAGGUGUUGCGUGUGAUUAAUGUUUCUGUUGUUAAAAUGUAUUAAAACAUUGACACAUACAACCUGCA